AUGCCACCGCCAAAGCUGGCAGAUGCCGUUGCGGCGAGCCAGGGUGCAGAGAACCAAACCGGCGUUGUCGAGCGAAUUACUUGGUUAGAAUGCUUCACGGACAAGGAGCGCACGUCCGAAUUCUGUGAGGCUACGGACCCAGCAGGCAACCUCGAGUCCAACAGCUCGACAGGACAUAAGGAGUACCAAGACAGACUCCGUGCCAUUGCUCUCCGCAAGGAGGGCUUCGAGAAGGCAGAGAUUGCCGAGGCCAUUGGCCGUCCAACGAAGUUCGUGCAGACAUGGUGGCGGAAAGAGCCAAAAGAAGUGCCGAAGCCCGCAGGGGUUCACGAUUACCUCAGAACGGACUUCUGGCGAGACAUCGAAAUUGUUCGUGGUUUCGGCAAAGGGCAGAGGAUCUAUGAGGAUGCCUUGACAAGCAUGGAGUGGGUCCAGCCCAUGGCCGACGGUCGGGAGUUUAAGAAUGGAGGUGGGUACAGGCUCAAGUAUGACAAAGAGGGGCGCAUGCGGCCGCAGGGAAAUCAGAACGCGAAAGAUGGCGUGAUACCCGGCAAACUGCCAGAGCUUGACAAGCUGAUGCAAAGGGUGAUGGUCGAGCAGGGAAUUGACGACCGUGUGCUGAAGAGGCCAGGCCUGCUGUGGUAUCCGGACGGCCAUGCAGACGCCAUCGUGCAUCGGCAUGAGGCAUGGACCGCAUUGAUGUCCUUCGGCAGUCCCCGCAUCCUGACCAUUGACGGCCACCCGGUGCUCCUCCGUGACGGCGACCUCAUCGUCUUCGGUACCCAGCGACACGGUGUGCCAAAGAUGUGCCACGAAGGAUCCACUUUCGGCGACUACGGUGGCCGCAUGUCCGUGGUGAUGUUCUUCAUGCCCACCGGCCAACAAGCCACAGGCGCAGCACCGUGGAAGGCCAUCCACGACUCUGGCCCAUCGCGCAAGGCAACUGCCAUGCUCCGAGAUGCUGAUUUGGGCCACGAUGCGCAGGUUGCGGGCCUGCUGUCGGGAGAGCGGGCUUCGGAGAUGCAGCAGCUCAUGGACAUCGGCUUUGAUGCUCCACAGGCUGCGGCCGCGCUGAAUGCCGCCGGCUUCAACGUAGCAGCCGCCGUGGAGAUGCUCUUGAAUCGAAGUGUCCCGCUGCUGGCAGACAGCUGUGAGGCUUGCAUCGACAGGUCAGGGCAGAUUGCAGCUCUUCUAUGUCGCUUGGAG